AUGAAGCGGAAGCAAAUAGUGGCUGCAGAUGCGACGAGCAAGGAGCAAGAAGAUUCGCCAUUGACAAAAAGAGCACGAGCGACUGAAAAGUGUCCACACGACAGCGAAAAAUCUGUUUCGACGUUAGAGGAGAUUGAUGUCCAGAAAUUCUUGUUACAAGAUUGCCAGGCGUUAUCGAAAAAACUGGUGGAACAAGCGCAAUUGCAAGCAAAUGAGCUUCGUCGGGAGCUAGAGAAGGGUAAACAAGUGUUACUGGAUGCACUUCAGAUGGAAAAAGAGAACAUUGACAAAGAUGACAAUAUCACUCCGCGAGCUGUUACGAUUACAAUUCGAUGCAUCACCGGACCACAUCGUGGAAAGAGAUUUUGCCUGGAUAUCGACGUGAAACGGCAUACGUCAUGCUUUAUCGGCCGUUCUACUGGUCGAAAAUUUCGUCCACCUCGUGGCUUGAGCGUGCCAAAGGACUCGGAGCUUUCUACAUCACAUGGAGAGAUAAAAAUGGAGACGACAGGAAAACUUUUCUUUAUCGACCUCGACAGUACGAAUGGUACUCGUAUCAACGAUGUCGAUCUAGAGGCUCAUGUGCCGUAUGAGCUCACGCUUAACAAACCCAUUAAAGUGGAAGUCGGUGAUGGCGAGUAUGAGUUUUGCUUGGAACAGACAUAG